AUGAAAUUUGAAGGAAAGUAUGGGGACAAUGGGAGCAUUGUAGGAAGGAAUCAGUCAUACCCGGGUGAGAAGCAUCAGCCAAAAGGAAAACCCAUAGCAAAUGGGGAAGCUAAGGUCUAUGCAAAGCAGGAGGCAAAUGGGAAAUGCAGCGUGCCCAGGAAAAGCUUCAACAUGUAUACCUGGCAGGAGAUCCAGAAUCAUAAUCAGAAGACUGACCAGUGGCUGGUCAUCAGUUGCAAGGUUUACAAUGUCUCCAGCUGGGCCGACAGGCAUCCAGGUGGGCGCCGGGUCCUCAACCACUGUGCUGGGGAAGAUGCCACGGAUGUCUUCAGGGCCAUGCAUCCAGAUCUUGACAUUGUGCAGUUGUACCUGAAGCCACUGCUCAUUGGAGAACUUGCCCCAGGAGAGCCCAGCUAGGAAAGACACAAAAAUUCCCAGUUGGUGAAAGAUUUCCAAGAAUUGUGGAGGAUCGCAGAAACUAUGAACAUGUUCCAUGCCAACCUGGGGUUCUUCUUUCUUCACUUUGCCCAGAUCUUAAUUUUGGAAGUGCUGGCGUGGCUAAUAGUAUAUUAUUUUGGCAGUGGCUGGCCUGUUACUAUAUUCAUUUCCUUUCUUCUCACAAUUUCUCAGGCUCAGAGCUUAUUUUUGCAGCAUGAUGCGGGGCACCUUUCCAUAUUUAAGAAGUCCAAGUGGAACCAUGUGAUGCAUAAAUUUGUGAUGUGCCAUCUCAAGGGCCUGUCAGCAAACUGGCGGAAUUACCAGCACUUUCAACAUCACGUAAAGCUGAACAUCUACCCCAAAGACCCGGAUAUUGACACGGGUCCACUUUUUCUGCUUGGAGAUUCACAACCUGUCAAGUACGGCAAGAAGAAAAUCAAAUACAUCAACUAUGAAAAGCAGCACCUGUACUUCUACAUAGUUGGGCUCCCACUCCUCAUGCCAGUAUAUCUCAACCCGAAAUCCAUGCAAGCGAUGUACCUUCAAAGAUAUUGGGCGGACAUCGCCUGGGUUAGCAGCUUUUACAUCCGAUAUUUCAUCACAUUUGGCCCUUACUAUGGAAUCUUCGGGACCGUGUUGCUCAUAUAUUUGGUCAAGUUUCUUGAAAGUCCUUGGAUAGCAUAUGUUACCCAGAUGAGCCACGUACCAAUGAGAAUGAGCACAGAGGAGAACCGGGACUGGCUCAGCACUCAGGUCUUGGCCACCUGUAAUAUUGAACAGUUCUUUUUCAAUGACUGGUUCACUGGGCACCUGAACUUCCAAAUCAAGCACCAUCUGUUCCCCACAAUGCCACGCCAUAAUUAUCACAAAGUGGCGCCUCUGGUGAGGUCACUGUGUGCCAAGCACGGAUUGAAGUAUGUGAAUAAACCAAUGUUGAGGGCAUUUGGAGAUAUUGUCAGAGCCUUGAAGAAAUCUGCAGCCCUCUGGGCGGAUGCUUACUAUGAAACAUGA